UGCAAUCCGGGGGUUUCUGUUCCCGGGCUGGGGAGGCGCCGCUCGCUCCGCGCUCCUUCUCUCCCGACUCCUGGCACCUCCCGGGGGUUUGCUGGCAGCCCCGGCAGGUCCCGGCCGCCCUGAGGGUUCGGUCCAUGCUCGGGCUCGGUGCCGGUGCUGCCGGGGAGGGGGCCCGGGGAGCGGCCGGGGCCGGGCACACGGGGCCGAGGGCCGGGGCGAGCCCCGCGCUUCCCGCUGGACAUGCAGAGCACCCCAAACUACCUGUGGAGCACCGAGGACCUCCUGGGCCAGGGGGCCACGGCCUCUGUCUACAAAGCUCGCAACAAGAAAUCGGGGGAGCUGGUUGCCGUGAAGGUCUUUAACAAUGCCAGCUACCUGCGGCCCCACGAGGUCCAGAUGAGAGAGUUCGAGAUGCUGCGGAAGCUGAACCACAAAAACAUUGUCAAAUUAUUUGCCGUGGAGGAGACAGGCAGCAGCAAGCAGAAGGUGCUGGUGAUGGAAUAUUGCUCCAGUGGCAGCCUGCUGAAUGUGCUGGAAGACCCAGCCAAUGCUUUUGGCCUGGCUGAGUCCGAGUUCCUCAUCGUGCUGCAGUGUGUGGUGGCAGGGAUGAACCACCUCCGUGAGAACGGCAUCGUCCACAGGGACAUCAAACCCGGCAACAUCAUGAGGCUGGUGGGGGAGGACGGGCAGAGCAUCUACAAACUGACGGAUUUCGGAGCCGCCCGAGAGCUGGAGGAUGACGAGAAGUUUGUGUCUGUCUAUGGGACAGAGGAGUACCUCCACCCUGACGUGUACGAGCGAGCCGUGCUGCGCAAGCCGCAGCAGAAGGCGUUCGGUGUCACCGUGGACCUGUGGAGCAUCGGUGUCACCUUUUACCACGCUGCCACCGGCAGCCUCCCCUUCGUGCCCUUCGGGGGACCCCGCAGGAACAAGGAGAUCAUGUACAAAAUCACCACGGAGAAGCCUCCUGGGGCCAUUGCAGGGAUCCAGAGGCAGGAGAACGGGAGCAUCGAGUGGAGCUACGAGCUGCCCAUCACCUGCCGCCUCUCCACGGGGCUGAAGGACCAGCUGAUCCCAGUCUUGGCAAAUAUCCUGGAGGUGGAUCAGGAGAAAUGCUGGGGAUUCGACCAGUUUUUUGCAGGAACCAACGACAUUUUGCACAGGAUCGUGGUGGACGUGUUCUCCCUGCAGCAGGCGUCCUCCCACCGCAUCUACAUCCACUCCUACAACACUACCGCCAAGUUUUUAGACGCCGUCUUCAAACAGACAAAUAUAGCCCCUCACCAUCAGGAAUAUUUUUUUGAAGGACACCUGUAUGAGCUGGAUCCCAAUCUACAAGCUCAUAAUUUCUGCAGAACCACAGAGAGCAGCCCCCUGACCCUGCUGAGCACCUCUGAGCAGCCCGAGGACGUGCUGGGGGUGCUCUACAGAGACCCGGCGCUGGAUUUCCCCAAGCUGGUGCCCAGGGUGGACGUGGUGGCCGACUGCAGCGCAGCCAAGAGCGCCGUGGGUGCCGCUCACCAGACCCUGCGCGUGGGGCAGGCGCUGCGGAGGGGCCGCGAGCUGCUGGCCAGGGGUCUCCAGUGGGUGAUAGGGAACCUGAGAAGCGAGUGCUGCAGGAUUUUGGAGCAGAGGAGAGGGGCUCAGUCCGUGCUGGCCUGCCUGCAGCUCACCCAGGGGAAGACACUGGUGCUCUUCCAGGCUGUUCCUGGGGGCAGCAGGGACCCGGCUGGGCUGGAUGUGCUGGAGACAAAGCUGCAGAGGGUGGACCAGGAGCUCUCCCAGUGCUCCCACAGCAUCUUUGACUUCCAGGGGGCCCUGGAUGGGAUUUUGGCCGAGCUGCUGAAGGACAGGCAGCAGGUGCACGAGGACAAGAGCAUCCAGCAGAUGGAGUGCUGCCUGGAGAAGAUGCAGGGGAUCUACAAACAGUUCAAGAAGGCCAGGACGUGUCUGAGGCUGGGCUACAACGAGGAACAGAUCCACAAGCUGGAUAAGCUGAAUUUGGGGAGCCUGGCCAGGAGAGUUGUGUCCAUUUUCCAGAGCGAUUGUGUCCAGCAGUACCAGGAGGCGCUGGCCCUGCACAGCAGCAGGAUGAGGAAAGUUUGUGAGAUCAAGAAGCACCUGAAGAGGCUCAGCAACCGCAUCAGUGCCUGCAGCGUGGAGAUGAUGGAGUGCCAGGGCUGCCUGCAGGGUGCUCUGGACAGGCUUCUCCAGAUGGAGAGAUGGAAUUUGGCCCUGGCUCCUCCCGUGCCUUCCCCCGUCCCCCUGAGCCAGGAGAUGGCUCUGAGGAUGCAGGAGCUGCUGGAGCAGAUGAGGUCGGUCACCUGCGAUCUCCAGCUCAACAACAGCAUCAUCGAGCGGUUGGGUGGGGCUGCUCCCACUCCCAGCGUUUGAGGGACACGGUGAAGGUGCAGCUGCUGAAGCAAAACCACUUCCAACCUCGGGGAAUUCGCAGGAGCCGUCGGAUUUCCGUGCCCUGGGAGCUCUCUGUGUGCUACCUCUGUGCUCCAGCACUCUUCACAUCCAUCAGCUCCCAGUGCCCUGAGCCUCUGGAAGUUUGGCUGGAAAAAAUGAGUGGGGUUUUAUCUUUUUCUUGUUAAAAAACGCUUGAAGGACUUGGCGUUUUUAUGGUUUCUGUGUCACUGUGUCAGACGAGGAAGAAGAAGAGGCUUCACCUUUCAUCCUCUUACUUAUUUAGGAAUUAUUCCCACUUUUAACGUGCUGGAGGGGGGAUGCUGGUGGCUCUGAGUGCUUGGAGCUGGGAAGACAUUCCCAACCCUUCCCUGCUUUUAUGUUUCUGGAGAAACUGGAUGGAGGAGGAGCACAUCCCUCCCACCUUGUCCCUCGGGAAUCGCCCGGAGAUCUGCGGGAGGGCUCUGCUGGCCCGCUCUGGACCCUUUUUAGGGGCAGCCGCUCUGCUCUGGGUUCCCGACUGGGUUUUGACCUUGGGGUUGAUGAGGAGCCGAAAUUCCCUGACCACCAGCCAGGGCAGUGUGUGGAGCAGCGAUAGGGACUGCUGGGAUCCGGGAAUGGGAGAUGGGAUCGGGAGAUGUUUGUGGGAAGGGUCAGCACCGCUGCUCCUCAGCCACCCCCCUGCCUGUCCCCAGCGUCAUUUAUGGGCUGUCACCCCCAUCCCACAGCCCCAGCCCAUGGAGCAGCUUCCAAA